AUGACUCUCUCGAGACCGCUCACGAGCACCGCCUGGCGUGUUUUUGCCGCUCAGUCGCCGGUGACCCCGCGUUCCGCGGGGCUCCUGGCGGAACGAUGCUAUACGACUCGCGCAAAGACGGCCACGACUUCCACGACCACGACUGUCGCUGUCCCGAAGACCACCACAGCUGCAGCGGCAGCCAAGAAGCCGACGACGACAACGAAGAAAAGUGUCAGCACUGCGGCUGCCGCCACGAAGAAGCCCAUCACCACAGUCGCCGCAGCCUCCAAGACAAGCGCUGCUGCGGCGCUCAAGACCGCCACGUCCACGAGCACAGCUGCAAAAGCCACGAAGGCUGUGAAGAAGACGACUGCAUCCGCUGCCAACCUGACUACGAGGACGGCGGCGAAAAAUACGACUGCAACAUCCGCGAUUGCGCCCAAGAAGGCGAUCGCCGCGAAAACAGCCACCGCUGCGAAGGUCAUUACCUUGAAGCCUGCCGCCGUUACAACAAAGCCCAAGAUCGCCACGUCUGUGGCCGCUCCAGCAACAUUGGUUAAGACACCUGCGACGACACCCUCAGCCCCUACAACGGCGGCACCUAUCGCAAACCCCACCGUUCCGUCCGCGUCAACCAUGUCUAAGGCUGCCCCGGCAGCAUUUCCCACGCCGGUCGCGCAUAAGGUUACGCCCACAAUUGCCCAUGCGCGGCCUGAAGCUCGUCAGACCACUCUGCCCCCUUCCGCGGCGACGGAGGCCCCAAAAACACCGGCCCCAGGCAGCAAAGAAUACCGUAAGGCGUACGGCUCGGCGGCGAGGAAGUGGACCGCUACCAUGGUCGCCAUGCCCAUCCUUCUCGUCACUUCAUACUUCCUCUUCGAUAGGCUCGCUCUGGGGCACGAACCCAAAGUAAUGCCGGAUUUUGACAAGGCGAAGAAGCAGAACGCAGAACAGGCGGAAGCCGAGACGGCCUAG